AUGUUCUCCCUCAGCCAAGGGGACCAUGGCUUCGUCUGGAGGAUGGUGCAUGAAGAGAUGUCAUUUAGAUCAUGUCCAUUGGCUGAGCUGACGAACUUCAACACUGGGGAUGACAUGGCAAAUAGGACAAGUGUGGAAGAGGUCAUCAUUCUUGGCUUCCCAGGCACGUGGCAUUCCUGGGUCUCCCUUGUGGUGGUAUUUGCACUGACGUACUCCCUGACAGUAAUAGGCAAUGCAUCCGUCAUAGCCGUUGUGUGGAUGAACAGCAACCUCUGUACCCCAAUGCACUUUUUCCUCUGGAAUCUCUCCUUUCUGGAGAUGUGGUACACUAUGGGAGUUGUUCCCAAAGCCAUAGGAGUCGUGCUGGGGACUAGCCAAACCAUCUCCUUCAGUGUCUGCAUCCUCCAGUUGUUCUUCCUUCUCUCCCCAGGCUCCACUGAGUGUUUUCUCCUGUCUGUCAUGGCCUGUGACAGCUAUUUAGCUAUAUGCUACCCCUUGAGAUACAGCUCCCUCAUAAGCAGUGUUCUCUCCGCUUGGCUGGUGCUCAGCUCCUGGCAGGAAGGCUUUCUGGCCAUCUCGCUGCUGGCCUUUCUGACAUCCAGGCUGACAUUCUGUGGGCCAGAUGUCAUCAAUCAUUUCCUCUGCGAUAUAGAUUCCUGCCUUGCCCUCUCCUGCCGUGACACAUGACCCAUGGAACUAGCGACCUUCCCUGUCUCCGUAAUUGUUGUGGUGGCCUUCGGUGUGGUAACCCUGGUCUCCUACAUGUACUCCACCUCUUCCAUCCUGAGAAUCCAGUCAGCCCAUGGCAAGAAAAAGGCCUUUUCCAUUUGCUCUGUCCAUCUCAGUGUCGUCACACUCUGGUAUGGCUCCAUCAUGUUCCUGUAUGUCAAGCCAUUGGCCCAGAACUCCCUGGAUCUGAACAAACUCCUGAAUACCUUUAACACAGUUGUAACUGCUUUGUUGAACCCCUUCAUUUACACGCUCACGAACAAAGAAGUGAAGCAAGCUCUAGGGUGGGCUUUCCAGAAGAGGUGA